AUGCAAAUGGUUCGUGCUGGCUUGCGUGCGAUUUAUUUGUCUGGCUGGCAAGUUGCAGCAGAUGGAAAUACAGCCGGCUCGAUGUAUCCCGAUCAAAGCUUGUAUCCAUCAAAUUCUGGACCAGAAUUGGCACGUCGGAUCAACAAAACUUUAGAACGUGCUUCCCAAAUCGAAAACUCUGAAGGUGGAACGAAACGUGAUUGGUUCGUUCCAAUUGUUGCUGAUGCCGAGGCUGGAUUUGGAGGUCCUUUGAAUUGUUUUGAAAUCAUGAACGCUUAUAUUGAAGCUGGAGCUGCUGCAGUUCAUUUCGAAGAUCAAUUGGCUGCGGAGAAAAAAUGUGGACAUUUAAGCGGAAAGGUUUUGAUUCCAAACAGUGCUCAUUUGCGAAAUUUGAAUGCAGGUCGUUUGGCAGCGGAUGUUUGUGGAGUUCCAACAGUGAUCGUGAGUCGAACGGAUGCAGAGUCAGCGAUGCUUUUGACAUCGGACGUCGACGAAGGAGAUCGAGAGUUUAUUGAUACCGCGGCCGGCCGAACUCCGGAAGGAUUUUUCCGUCUAAAAAAGGGAACAGGAGUGAAACAUUGCAUCAAAAGAAGUCUUGCUACGGCACCAUUUUCAGAUCUUCUUUGGUGGGAAACUUCAACACCUAAUUUGGAAAAUGCAAAGAUAUUCGCAGAAGCAAUACAAAAAGAAUUUCCUGGAAAAAUGAUGGCAUACAAUUGUUCACCUUCAUUCAAUUGGCGAGCAAAUUUGAGCCCUGAAGCAAUUGCGAAAUUCCAGAAUGAACUCGGAGCUAUGGGCUACAAGUUUCAAUUCAUUACGCUGGCUGGUUUCCAUUCACUGAACUUUGGAAUGUUCGAACUUGCUCGAAAAUACAAGGAUCGUGGAAUGGCUGCCUAUUCAGAACUUCAACAGGCGGAAUUCGAAGCUGAAAAACAUGGUUACACGGCUGUUCGACACCAGCGCGAAGUUGGAACCGGAUAUUUCGACUUGGUCACCAUGGCUGCUGCAAGAGAAAAACCGAGCACAAUCGCCCUGACCAAAUCAACGGAAGCUAAACAAUUUCAAGAAAAUACUCAAUCAGUUCCAGGUGAUAGUCCAUCGGUUCGUUCUCAAGCAACGAUCAAUCAACCAUAUGCCAGAAGAAUUCAACAUUUAAAUUUAUUUUAUCGGAACUUUUCAGGAACUCCAAAAGAUCUUCAAGAUCGUCGUGUAGAAAUCACGGGCCCAUGCGAUCGUAAAAUGGUCAUUAAUGCGCUAAAUUCUGGAGCAAAAACUUAUAUGGCAGAUUUUGAAGAUUCUACGACUCCAACAUGGAGAAAUUUGAUUGAGGGUCAAAAAAAUUUAUUCGAUGCCAUUCGCGGUGAAAUUUCUUAUCAAGAUCCUCAAACUAGAAAACAAUACGAACUAAAUUCAAAACCUGCAGUUCUUAUGGUCCGCCCCAGAGGUUGGCAUUUGCCGGAAUUACAUGUUAAAGUCGAUAGUGAACCGAUGUCUGGAUCGAUAUUUGAUUUUGCUGUUUAUGUUUUCAAUAAUGCUUAA